UGCACGUGACCCGCGCGUCCGUUCUGCAGCGGUGAUGACGUCCAGGCAAAGGGCUAAUCUUCCAUUUCUCCACCCCCCCCAGAUGAAGAGCAUGGGGCUGGGCGACCCCCGGACCUUCCCCUUCCUGGAGCCGCCCCCCCAGUCCAGCCUGGAGACGGCCGUGCGCUACUUGAGGGAGCAGGGGGCGCUGGACGGGGCUGAGAGCCUGACGCCCAUCGGGAGCCUGCUGGCCCAGCUGCCCGUGGACGUGGUGAUCGGGAAGAUGCUGGUUCUGGGCGCGCUCUUUGGUCUGGCUGGGCCGGUGCUGUCUGUGGCUGCAGCGCUGAGCGUGCAGUCCCCGUUCCUGCGCACCACGCGCACCAACCCCGACUGUGCCACGGCCCGCCGGCCCCUUGAGAGCCCCCACGGCGACCCGCUGACGCUGCUCAACACCUUCAACGAGUGGGUGCAGGUGAAGUCGGAGCGGGCCGGCGGCUCCCGGAAGUGGUGCCGGCGCCGGGGGCUGGAGGAGCACCGGCUCUACGAGGCAGCCAACCUGCGGCGCCAGUUCCAGGAGCUGCUCCGGGACCACGGUCUGCUGGAGGCCGUGCAGGGGCCCAGGGACAGCUCCGCCCGGCAGAGCCGGCACCGGGAGCGCCGGGAGCUGCACCGGCUGCGGCGGCGGCACGAGGAGACGGAGGGGCGGAAGCGCAAGGUGCUGAAGCUGCGGGAAGGGGAGGCCGGCUCCUCCAGCGACGAGGGCGAUUGCGCCGGCAGGGCCGGGCCGCCUGGCGUCGAUAUCCAGGACGUCAAGUUCAAGCUACGGCACAACGUGGACGAGCUCCAGGCUGCGGCCGGCGCGGCCCUGUCCUCCCACCAGCUGGCCCUGCUCAAGCUGGUGCUGUGCAGGGGUCUCUACCCCCAGCUGGCCGUGCCCGACCAGUACAACAGCUGCCGCAAGGACUCUGACCAGAUUUUUCACACCAAGAACAAGCAGGGGAUUGUCCUGCACCCGACCUGCGUCUUUGCCGGCAGCCCGGAGCUGCUGCAGACCACGGAGGAGAAAGCAGAGCCGGGGAGGAGCCGAGGUUCCCAGGAGGGGCUGAGCAGCCGGCACCAGCUCCUGGCCUUCGUCUCGCUGCUGGAGACCAACAAGCCCUACCUGGUGAACUGCCUGCGGGCACCGGCCCUGCAGGCUCUCCUGCUGUUCUCCCGCGCCCUGGACACCAGCGCUGACUGCACGCGGCUGGUGGCAGACUCCUGGCUGGAGCUGUGCGUGCCGGACAGCGAGGCCGCCCUGCGUCUGCUCUCCGCAGCCCUGCAGCUCCGCGCCGCCUGGGAGGGGCUCCUCAACCGGCAGCUGGAGGGGCGGCGCGGGGAGCCAGGGCGGGGGCCGGACUCUCGGGAGGUGGCGACGCUGAGGCAGGGGCUGCUGGAGUUCCUGCAGCACGAGGUAUCUGCACCUUCCCCAGUGCAGCCGGGCCAAGGCAGGGUCUGCCCCCGGGCAGCUCGGGCCCUGGAGCCCCCCCAGGGAGACCUUGCCACCGAGCUUCGUACCCCUCUGCUCCGGAGGCAGCUCGGAAACAUCCUCCCCAGCCUAUGGAAGGGGAAACUGAGGUAUGGGGCAGGGCCUGCGCAGGCUCAUGCCACCAGUGGGGGCACGGCUGGCAGCUCCUUGCCGGGUGUGCGCUGUCUGGGACAGCUCUGACCCACACGUCAAUACGAGGGGCUGGGGGGCAGCCUGGACACUGUCCGU